UCAUUUCAAGAGAAUGCGAGGCGCAGGAAAUGUCAUCUGAGCCCAGUGAAGAUGUUGCGACUUUGGUCUCACCUCAGAUGAUCUUGGUGAAUAGUUUGCCUGUCGGAUCACGUCCCUCUGUACCUCAGCGGCCUCUGGCUUUGGCCUCACAACUCGCCAUUAACAGCUACGGCCUAAUACGAGUCUGACUAUGACACAUGCAGGCUGAUGGAGGCCUGUUGCUAUAGCCACAACCACAGAGACCCUCCGGUAAGGAUAGACUAUUACAUCAUAUUUAUAUCAGAGUUUUUAAAAUAGCUCUAUGAAAGGCAGUGAUUCAGCCAGAUUACUUUUGAAAAAUACAAAUCAGCAGCCUGAGCAAACAGGGCCAUCACAAGCUCAGAGGUAAAUAUGUCACUGAACAGUCCAGUGAAAAGGGCAAAACUCUAUGUCUGUCCUCUUGCCCCAUCGUGCCCUCGCUCAUCUGUCCCCGCCCUGCUGCCCCUCAGGGCUGCUCUGUUUGUGUCCAUGACUACUGUGUGCAUGACUACUGUGUCCAUGACUACUUGUUCACCAGCAGGACUGCACUGCGCCUGUAAGUGUAAAUGUUAACCUAUAGAGCUCAACGUGUCGUAAAGCAGUUUGCUGUGUGGAAUCUGAUGCACGCGGGGCACGCAGCCUCAUGCAGUCUCAUCACACGCCUCAGAACCACACACAGAAUACAGCCCCUCCUUCAGCACAGGGAGAAGGCCAGUCUGCCUGUCUGCAUGAGGAGAUCAUGAUGUGUGAGGAAGAUGCCUACCCAGCAUGCACCUCUGUCUGCAUGAGGAAAUCAUGACGUGUGAGGAAGAUGCCUACCCAGCAUGCAACGCUGCCCAGGGGGUGCCAAGGAGUGAUAUGUAAACUAGGCUAGUUUGUGUGGAUGGAAACAACACUAAUGACACACUAAAACAAGUAAGAUUAUUUCUAAACAGUUUAUAGCAUUGCUAUGUCUAUUCAAGGCUAUUUAACCUUUAUUCAGGUGCUAUUGUAUUUCUGUGGGCUGUUUCAUCUUUUUAUGGACCAGGGGAUCAAAGUAGUGCACUUUAUAGAAUGCACAGGAGUGGACAAACAUGUUCUUCUCAUUUCGCCUUUGAAGUUAAGUCUGAGUGUCAAGGUUGAGACGUUUAAUGGGGCCAAGUUCAAGUUCUUGACGAAAUAGCUGUCAACACUGCCACCUCGUGGACAAUCUUUGAACGACGGAACUAAAGCAUUUCCCCUCGCCUCGAUAUGCAAGACUGCCACUGCAGCGGUCGCAGCGCUCAGACCCAAUCAGCUCCAGCAACGGAAUGUGGACGAAUAUCACACUGGCUGUAGCGCAUGUAGGCGACUGUAUUCAGUAUUUAAUACCGAAAGAGCUGUUGUCGAGGUUUUCCAUGAACCCAGACAAUAAUACACCGAGCCUCCAACCGCUCUGUCAGACUAGCAGCACGCAACUUAACAUCGACCUUGAAAGCCUGAAGCAAAAAAAAAAAACACAUAUGGGGCAUCUGACAUUCGGAUUUAGUUUUUUGACGUCACCACACGGUGUCAAACCUGUGCAGACGCGGUCCGGGGGAGACUGAUUUGAUUUAUGUUAAAACCAUGACAGACUGUAUAGGGCGAAGGAGGAACGGAGGUGUAGUAGCCUACUCGAGCAGGCUGGUGAGUUUGUUUCGCUGACUCUCUCCGCGUUUCCUCGGUAGAAAUGGCAUUACGUCACUGGGGUGUCUUUUUUUGAGGCACAUGCUGACGACCUCUCACGCGAAGCUAUUUGCACGCGCAACUCCAGCUGUUCCAUCGAUCUCAGCGGAUGCGGGGCUCGAUCGACACGUGACUCAGCUCGCCAAUGUACUUCUACAACACAGUCAGCAUGAUGGCCGAGGCUGCUGCGGAUGCUUCCUUCGCGCUCCGCAUCCCGGGCCGCUGCCUACUGCCGCUGCUGCUCGUGUUCGCCUGCCCGCUACCCACACUGAGCCGCGCGCUACUGGGCUUUCGUCCGGAGGACACGGGAGCGGAGCUGUCCGUGCAGGACGGGGUGCUGAAGGCGACAGAGGGCACGAGGUUUAUGCUGCGCGUGUACUAUGCCGCGUCUCCGCAGAGGUUCAACCGAAGCGUCAGUGGCAGAGCUGACGCGGCCGCCGCGCCCUGGGUCGCGUUCAUCGAGGAACCGCAGCACGGCAGAGAGGGGCAGGUGCACCCGAAGCGAAACCUGUGCGUGGAGGAGAGCGCGCGGAGCUCAGACAUCGAGCUGCUGGGCUCGUUCCGGUCCGCCUCCAGCCACAACUCCAUCCUGGUGGAGCUGUACGCAAAGGCGCUGCGGCGCAGCGAGAAGGUGAAGUAUUACUCCAUGUGUGCCUUCGAUGGCGUGAAGUGGGAACACUUCCGGACGCGAGACUUUUGGGUGGCGGUGGUGGAACGGCCGCCACAGGCAAACGCUUGGCUGCAGGUGGCACUGUCGGUGCUGCUGCUCGGUCUGUCGGCGGUCUUCAGCGGGCUCAACAUCAGCAUGCUCGCGCUGGACCCGGUGGAGCUGCGGGUGCUCAUGAGCAGUGGUACCGAGAAGGAGCGGAAGCACGCCAAGAACAUCGAAUCAGUGCGAAAGCACGGGAACUAUGUGCUAUGCACGCUCGUGCUGGCCAACGUCCUCGCCAACACUUAUUUAGUUAUCUGGAUAUGCCAAAUUUUGGGGAUGACGCUUGUAUCCAUAACGACGUGCACAUUCGCCAUCUUCUUUGUGGGUGAGAUAUUACCGCACUCGCUGGCGUCCCGACACGGGCUGGCCAUUGCCUCCAAAACUAUCUGGUUCACGAGGCUGCUGAUGCUCGUGUCGUUCCCCCUAACCUACCCCAUCAGCAAGCUGCUGGACAACAUGCUGCACCAGGAGAUUAGCAACUUCUACACGCGGGAAAAGUUACUGGCGAUGCUGCGCGUGACGGACCCGUACCACGACCUGGUGAAAGAGGAGCUGAACAUCAUCCAGGGUGCGCUUGAGCUACGCAAUAAAACCGUUGAGGAUGUAUUGACUCCGCUUAAUGACUGCUUCAUGCUCACGUCGGACGCGCACCUCGACUUCUACACCAUGACGGACAUCAUGCAGAGUGGCUUCACGCGUAUCCCCGUCUACGAGAACGAGCGGUCCAACAUCGUGGACAUUUUGUUCGUGAAGGAUCUGGCAUUCGUGGACCCCGAUGACUGCACGCCUCUAAAGACUAUCACGCUGUUCUAUAAGCACCCGCUCCACUGCGUCUUCAACGACACCAAACUGGACUCCAUGCUGGAGCAGUUCAAGAAAGGUAAAUCUCACCUGGCGAUUGUGCACAGGGUGAACAAUGAGGGGGAGGGGGACCCCUUCUACGAGGUCAUGGGAAUCGUCACACUGGAGGACGUCAUCGAGGAGAUCAUCAAAUCUGAGAUAGUGGACGAGACAGACCUGUACACGGAUAACCGCAGCAAGAGGCGAGUGUCCCACCAUGAGAGGAAGAUGCAGGAUUUCUCAGUGUUCAAACUCUCAGAGAGCGACAUGAAGGUGAAGAUCUCACCACAGCUAAUGCUGGCUACACACCGCUUCCUGGCUACAGAGGUGGAGCCCUUUAAGCCAGCGCAUCUCUCGGAGAAGAUCCUGCUGCGUCUGCUCAAGCACCCAAGCGUCAUGCAGGAGCUCAAGUUUGACGAGCGCAACAAACGCUCGCCGCAACACUUCCUGUUCCAGCGCAACAAGCCCGUUGACUACUUCCUCCUGGUUCUACAGGGGCGAGUAGAAGUGGAGGUUGGGAAGGAGGAACUGCGCUUUGAGAAUGGAGCCUUCACCUACUACGGUCUCCCUGCCAUCACAUCUCUCCUGCCAACAGUCCAUAGAUCCCCCUCUAGAAGCAGCGGUCUGAAUCGCUCCGACUCCACUCUGCACGCGUACAGUGUGGGCCAACUCAGCAUAGGGGGCGGAGCCUAUCUACCGGACUACUCUGUUAGACAACUCACCAAUCUCCAAGUCGUAAAGGUUACUCGUGGUCACUACCAGAAUGCUCUGACAGCGAUGCGCAUGGACAGCUCCCCCCACACUCCCGACGCAGAGACGCAGGGGGAGGGGGCCCGACCGGCCGGCCCGGAAACACGCUCACACAGCAUCGCCCUGCCAGUCACACGGCCCGAGCACAAACACCCCAGUGCUGGCACUCUCACUGAGCACACACACCUCCACACAGCCACUCACAGCGAGCAGGAGAGCGACAGCACCAGCAGCCUCAACGAGAGGAACCGCAUCGUCCGGAGUAAAUCAGAUGGCCAGAGGAGUCCCAGUGAUUCUGUGUUUCUGCGGUUGGAGGAGAUUCCCUACAGUCGAGAUACACACCAGGAUACACACACCACAGGCAACGGGAGGAGAAGACUGUCAGAUACUGAGGAGACAGAGGCGCCUAGCAAAGCCUAGCGAUGAGCGGGGGGCGAGCAGCUUCCUCCUCUCAGUUGUGUGUUCUACACACCCACACCUGACCUCCGACCUCUCACCUCGCUCAGGGCCCUCUGAGGAUGAAAGAGAGGAUGAUGAAGACGAAGAUGCUCUCUUCCGUCCCUCACAGAUGCUG